UGCAGAAGUGUUGCAUUUGGUGCAUUGCCUUGUAUUGCUGAAGUGCAGGAAUUCUAACAGAUGUAGUAAGACGGUAGCAUAUACCUAUAUAGUUUAUUAGUUUAUCGGCCAUGAUACCGCUAGUUUCAGGCGAUCAGUUUAGAUGCGAUAAGGAAGGAGUGCUGACACCCAGUGACGCCGCUGAUAGAAAGUACUAUAUAAACAUAAUGGCACGGAAUGCAACGAAAGAUUGGAGACUAGAUUGCAAAGUGUAUGUUGGAGAUCUUGGUUAUGGUGCAGCUAAGCAGGAACUUGAAGAGAAAUUUGGUAAAUAUGGACCUUUGCGUAAUGUGUGGGUAGCCAGGAAGCCUCCAGGAUUUGCAUUUGUUGAAUUUGAAGAUCCCCGUGAUGCUGAAGAUGCCACUAGAGCCCUUGAUGGAGCGAGAAUGAAUGGUCGUCGUGUGCGUGUUGAAAUGUCAUCAGGAAAGUCUCGAUGGGGAAGUCGAGGACCGCCAGUUGGACGUCAAGGUUCUUCUUAUGAUGACUACCGACCAAGGAGAGGCAGAUCAAGAUCACCAUGUCUUGACGUCUUGUGUACAUGUAACUUGUGUGUAAUUGAUCAAUAUUUAUCCUUCUCCCCACGUCGCAGAUCCCACUCCCCACGUAGACGAAGUCGCAGCGAUUCUAAUUCACCUCGUCGUCGUAGCCGCAGCAGUUCACGGUCCCACUCGUGGGGAUGCAGUCGGUCUAGGGGUAGAAGCCGAUCCAGGUCUAGGGGUAGGAGUCUGUCCCGAUCUAGGGGUAGGAGUAGGGAUCGUAGCAGAAGCCCUCAGUCAAAAUUGAGCAAGGAGAGAGAGGAAAAAGACUAGAGAUAAGCUGUUGAUUGUUGAUGCCGUAGAGUGACCUGAUUUACAAAGAAAUCAGGAACUAAAUGUUGAUACCAGCGACGAGAUGGCUCCUUGUCACAACAGUUAUCUCCGUAGGUUGUUGUAAGCAGUGAUGUGUACUUAUCACUUCUUUGUGUUCACACUGCAUUCAACAACAGUGACGAUCAUCCCAGUACUUUUAUUAUGCUAAACCGGAGGCCAAGGCCUUUUUUACAUUAUUACUUGUCAUACUUUUUAAUGUCUUUUGUAUAUUCAUAACACGGUAAUGGCAUGUUUUGGGCCCUUUUCACCAAGUAAUUGUAGCACUAUGACUGUACUAAGUUUACGCUAAAAUAUAGGAGUUAGGAUAGUUGUAGCUCUACAAUCGCUUUGUGACAUGGUGCCCUUAAGGUUUGUAUAUAGCAGCCCAGUUAUACUCAUCAAUUUUUGCAAGUUGUUUGUUCAGUCACACUUAUCAGUGAUAGGGCAUUCAUGAGGUUUUUGAUAGGACACAUGAAUCCUGAAGGUGGACCAUUGUGUGAAAAACAGUGUCCUUACUGUUCCUGAAUGUGUUUUUUAUCAGAAUUGUUUGUAGAUGUUUUAAGUGAAACGUCACAAAGUUCAAACCAAAUUCAUGCGCUACUCUUGAAGCUGAACUGGCUUUUACAGGUUGCUGUUUAUGUGUGAACUUACAUUUUUAUUGGAUACCCUUUUGUUUUUGUUAAGCAUUUAUUUAUAAUUGUUAUGUGCCUUGUUUUGUUGUCUUUCAUAGUAAUCCUUGGAAAGAAUAUUGGCUUGUUUAAUUAAUCAUUUCAAUCGGAUGCACAUUUUCAGAUCUGUAUACGAUUAUUUUAUCUGGUGAAUAAUUAUGAGUUUCACAUUGAAAUGUUGAUUCCAUUGUUCUGACAAUAUCAGCAAGGAAAUUUAAGUUCUGUAGGCAGUUGGUAAAUAUGCUUGACUGAAUAUCACAGUAAACAUCUGAUCUUGAUUUUUUUAUAUCUAAGAUCAAAAUUAUCAGCUUUGCUCUGCUCAUUAAUCAAAAACAAGAUAUCUUUUUCUGAGGCUAGAUUUACAUGCUUUCAUUUUUUUCAAUGACCUUUUUUUCAUUGCUCAGUGUUCAAGUCUUGCCUGAAGAAAAAGAUAUUUAACUAAAUUAUUUGAAUGUUAGUGCUGCAAUUGAUGACAUUGCAUUGGGUAGUAUUUACAUUGCCAAAUAAUACAUUUUGGAACAAUUUUGUAUUUCACUACAAAGUUAUUGCUGCUCGUGUAUUAAUGGAAUAAAUUUAUUGAAUGUAGA